CCACUACAAUUUCAUGGUCACAUUUCUUAGCAAUAUCCUCAUUCAUCUAGAAUACAUUGCCUCUCUUAUUCUACCUUACAAAAACAGUCUUAGAAGAAAUAAGGUUCAGCAGGGCAUAGUUGUAGGAGUACAACCCGUGAAGGAGCUAUAAUUUCCUUGUUGCUUAUCACACAUAUUGUACUGUAGAGUUUUGCACAUGCAGUUUCUCUACUACACUGCUUUUCAUGUUCCACAUUCUUUUAGCCUUAGACCAUGGGCUAUAAUUGGUGCACAUGAGACUAAGUAACUUUAUAUGAAUUGACAUCCUAUGACUACUCCUUUAGAACCUAUGGGUCAAGGUGACAUGUCACAAAAUUCAUAUGUAUUGGUUAUGUUUGUAAGUAUUAUCAAAACAUGAAUUACUAGUUAACUAGAAGCCUCCAUGCCUAAUUUUUUUUUAAUUUUAAGAGAAUUUCUUCAUUUUGUAAAGAAUACUUCAAUAAUGUAUUUUACAAAAAUCACAGUAACCUAUAUUUCUAGAAAAACCAAACCUACAGUAGCACAGUCAUUUGCAGCUGGUUUAGAUCAUAGCUGAUUAUGAUUUAAAGGAAGGAUAAAUAUUGUAGUUCUCAUUCAUUUUCAUAGUUCAUGAAUUUGCUCAUAAUUAAGAGAGGAAGACCCAAACUAUAAACAAAUUAUUGUGGAAACUACUCCAUUGUUUUUGGUGAACACUUCAUGAAAGCCAAGGGGAAGCCAAUAAAGGUAUCAGCAUUUUAGCAAUUAGGUAAAAAGAACUGAAAUAAACAAAGAGCAAACAUAGACCUCGGUUUUCCCACAAAACUUUUGCCUUCUAUUUAGUGAGGCAUCCUUCUGCUUGGCUGUCCCAGUUUGCUUUCUGUUGCUGUGGUAAACACCAAAAGCUACUUGGUAAGGAAACGGUUUAGUUGGCUGGCUGGUUACAUCACCUAGGAAAGUCAACACAGAGAUUCAAGGCAAGAACCUGCAAUUGAAGUAGAGACCAGAGAGGCAGCUCAGCUCACGGGCUUGCUCCCCCAGGCUUACUCAGACACCUUUCUCGUAGAAACCACACCCAUCUACCCAGGGAUGGCACCACCCGCAGUAGGCUGGACCCUCGUACAUCAAUUAGCCAGCAAGGAUAUCCCCCCCCACAGACGUGCUCACAGGACAAUUUGAAGAAGGAAGUUCAAGUGAGAGUUCCUCUUCACAGUUAUGCCUAGGUUUUGUGUCAAGUUGAUAAAAGCUACCCAGCACUGUUGUUUGUAGGGUCUCAUCUCACUCUCAGCUAUUGCUUAGCAAAGCAUCCUUUCAAAUGUGCUAUUUUCUCAAUGACUUAGCCCAUAAAUAGCACGAGAGGUAAAUAAUAAACAUGCACUGUUAAGCAUAAAUUGAUUCUGAUAUGUUUUGCCUAUAUAUUUAAUGUAUAUUUAUUACAAUAAUUACUUCGUUUUCAUGGGAGCUUUGCUCCUGGGGGAUUGAAACUCAGGGAAUGCUGUGGGAUGUUCUGUAUGUCAAAUGUGUUUCUGAUUAGUCAAUAAUUAAAACACUGAUUGGCCAUUGGCUAGGCAGGAAGUGUAGGCGGGACAAGGAGAAGAAUAAAGCUGGGAAGUGGAAGGCUGAGUCAGAGAGACACUGCCAGCCGCCAUGAUGAGAAACAGCAUGUGAAGAUGCUGGUAAGCCACGAGCCAUGUGGCAAGGUAUAGAUUUAUGGAAAUGGAUUAAUUUAAGUUGUAAGAACAGUUAGCAAGAAGCCUGCCACGGCCAUACAGUUUGUAACCAAUAUAAGUCUCUGUGUUUACUUGGUUGGGUCUGAGCGGCUGUGGGACUGGCAGGUGAGAGAGAUUUGUCCUGACUAUGGGCCAGGCAGGAAAACUCUAGCUACAAGGGAAGUUAUUUUUAAUGCUGGAAAAGGGAAGAAAAUACGCUGCACAAAACAACUGGUCUAGCUGGCUGCCUCUGAACUGCAGCUGCCCUGGCUCUGCGUGGUACAGCUUCAGCCAGUGAAGGCAGUGGUAUACAGAGAUGCUGGGCUGGAGGCUGCAGUAACUGGAGGGCUCGUUGCAGUAUUUUGGUGGUAUUUGUGAAGAUGCGGACAGAUGUUGAGAGGAAAAAGUAGCCACAAGGAAAAGCCUUUUCACCUAGCUGCCUUUGAAGAAGUACUCAGACUGCCAUGGCCUCUAAAGAUUCACAGAAUCAAAAGCCUGGAGGUCUGCCUGGUUUUCUUCCUGAAGUCACAAAUCCAGGUCAACACUCUCAAGCAGCUUCUUCCCAUCCCAGGAAACAAGCAAGGCAGCAGCCGGAUGCCCCUCAGCCAAGCAGUUUCCUGCCAACAACCAGUCUUCCCCCUGGUCUAGAAUAUUUAAGCCAGUUGGACCUGAUAAUCAUCCAUCAGCAGGUGGAACUUCUUGGGAUGAUACUCGGCACUGAGACUUCCAACAAAUAUGAGAUCAAAAACGGCUUGGGACAAAGAAUUUACUUUGCAGUGGAGGAAAGCAUCUGUUUUAACCGUAAUGUAUGUUCCACGCUGAGAGCCUGCACCCUGAGGAUCACAGACAACUCGGGUCGAGAGGUGAUUACAGUGAACAGGCCCCUAAGGUGUAACAGCUGCUGGUGCCCUUGCUACCUACAAGAGCUGGAAAUCCAAGCCCCUCCCGGUACUACAGUUGGUUAUGUUGCACAAAAGUGGGACCCCUUUCAACCCAAAUUCACAAUCCAAAAUGCAAACAAAGAAGACACUUUAAAAAUUGUUGGUCCUUGUGCAACCUGUGGCUGUUUUGGUGAUGUGGACUUUGAGGUGAAAACUGUGGAUGAAAAGCUUACGAUCGGGAAGAUUUCCAAGUACUGGUCCGGAUUUGUUAAUAAUGUGUUCACAAAUGCUGACAACUUUGGGAUACAUGUUCCUGCAGAUCUUGAUGUGACACUCAAAGCAACAAUGAUUGGCGCUUGCUUUCUCUUUGAUUUUAUGUUCUUUGAACACUCACUUGCUGGAUUAUAACAAGCAUGAUGACGAAAACAAUAAAAUAUGCAGAGCACAUUUCAAUGUCCCUUGGGCUCUGAAUUUAAUUUCUGAAUGGUUUGAGUAUUUGAAUUUUUAUAACUAAAUGUUAAUUAUUAUAUUUAUUAAAACACAGUGUAAUGAGACCAUUACCUGGUUGUGGAUGCAUGAUAGCUAAAUACGCAAUUACUAAGCAUGAGUACAAGGUUACUUUGAGAGAUUAUCAUUCUCUUUUCAUCCUUUUGAAGUUACUGCAAUGGUAAGCAUGAAAGAUGAGAGCUAAGGCUUGCAGCAUCACUGAUGGGAAUUCAAUGUUUAGAGAACACUUUGAAGUGUUUCUGGUACUAAGGGUGGUUACUAAUCAAAAGGCUUGAAUUUCUAAAACAUCUUUUCAAAAGUAGUUCCUUUUGACUUUCUUAAUUUUAUUUUUUUUAAUUGUCUCAUGUGGUCUUAACAAAUUACAUUAUAAGCAUUAUUUUAUAAUGCAUUUUUCACAUUUUUGAGAGAGAAUCUCAUGCAUCCCAGACAUGUUAAUUUUCUUAUUGUAGUAAACAUAUUUUAUUUAUAUUGGAAAAGAUGGAGAUUGAUAAAAAAAAUAUGUGUAAAGAUCUGGAGAAAGAUAGAUAGCUUCUAUUUCUUGAAGUAGCAGAGGCACAAUUAUAUUCUGUAAGGCAAUUAACUAAAGCACUGAGCAGAAUUGUUCCAAAGAUUUAAAUAGCCAUACAGAUAGACUCUAAAUUAGCAAAAGCAGUCUUAUCAAUCAGGAUUUUAUCUAACUGCUACGAAGUUUCUGCCAGUUAAAAGACCUGAGACUUCAAAAUGAAAAAUGGACAACUCUGGAAUUGAAAACAAACACAGAAAACCAAAAGAGUCCGACCUGAAUCCAUGCAACAGUGGAGAGGGAAGAAGGCAUUGACAACUGACUCUGAAUUCACAUGAUACUGCGUAGCCCUCUUGAUUCCUAGCCCUGACUUGUCCAUAUGUUCCCAGAGCCCUCCAGCCAGCCUCCACCUCCUGAACAUUACCAAACAGGGCCUCAGUUGGGAACCAAGCGUUGGCAUACAUGAGCCUGUGGGAGACAUUCUCAUCCAAACCACCACCUGAGGUCAAGGCCAUCCUGGGCUGCAAAAUCAAGCCCCAUCUCAACCUCACACAACCCAAAAUAAAAACAAAAGAAAUUAAAAGAAGUGUCUUAAUUGAACUGAAGCUGGUAUGCAGUAGCUGAUGCUCAGUGGUUUUAUGAAAGAUACCUCACAUUGUCUUGCAGAUGUACAUACUUUUGCAAAAAUCAGUCUUUGUCUGAUUCAGUAAGUUUAAUGCUAGUUUUAAUUGUUACCCAUUGGGAUGAUAAGUAACACAAAUUGCUAAAUGGUCUUAUUAAUAAAAAAAUCCAGAGCCAGAUAUUGGGGUGAAAGCUGAAAGAUCAGAGAAACAGAACAAGCCAGCCACAUUCUUACCGCUAUGAAAUCCUCAGCCUCAAGAGAGCUACUUCCUGUUUACUCACACCUUAUAUACCUUUCUGUGCCCUGCCAUCUUACUUCCUCUCUCUGCUCAACUAUAUCACUUCCUCUUUCCACCCAGCUCUAUCACUUCCUGUCUGUCUGUACAGCCCUUCAGACCUUUAUGGUUAACUAGUGCUGGGAUUAAAGGCAUGUGCCACCAUGCCUGGCUCUGUUCCCAGUUUGAACUUGAACUCACAGAGAUCCUGACGAAUCUCUGCCUCCCGAAUGCUAGGAUUAAAGGCAUGUGCUACCACUGCCUGGCAUCUAUGUUUAAUAUAGUGGCUGGCUUUGUCCUGUGAUUCCCCAGGCAAGCUUUAUUUGUUACAACACAAGUGAAAUAUCACCACAAUGAUAAGUUAUUAAUCAGUUCUCUCUUAAAAGGGCAAGAAUUUUGUUAUUUCCAGGCCCAGAAAGAAAAGUUAUUCAGGAUAAAUAAACAGACAUACACAGAGCUGUUAAUUUGAAUAAAAGGGAAAAGAAGUCAACGAGAGAUAAGAGCAUUCAGAAAAGAGAAUUCUUGGCAAUUGAAAAAGAAAGUGCAAAGUCUCUGAGUCAAACAUGCUGGGCAAGUUCAAUAAACACAGGAAAUGUGACAGGAGUGUCGUAAUCAAGAGGAGAUACAAGGGCAAUAGGUUUUAACAAAGCAUUCUUUGUGAACCAUAAAAUCCUGAAACAAAAUACUAAAAGCUUCCCAUGAAUCACCAGUAUGUCUCUAUGAAAGAGAAGUUUUAAUUGGUGCAGUGAUGUGUGCCUAUUAUCUUUGUACUUGGAAAACAAGAGAAUCUGAAGUUUGAAGUCAGUGUAUUACAGAACACUCAAGAGGAGCCAGGGCGAUCACCAAAACAGUUACCAUGAUGAAUAGGGAGAUGUAGUCACAGGAUACUAAAGGUGAUAAAGCACUCCCCUAGCAUAUGCAGGAAUCUGGGUUUGAUCACGAGGACUGAAGAUGAAAAAUAAAACUAAAAAGAGAAGGGAGAAUAUUUGCUCAACAAUCUGAAAAACCAGGUGACAUAUGAACAACUCACUAAAAUUCUGACUCACUUGAGCCUCAGUUAGUACACAUACAGGUUUUUAUAUUUGUAAUUUUUACUACCAAAAUAACAAACUUUUAUGCUUUCAUAACUUGACAGCAUUACUAUUUUUAUUUACUUUAUUACUUUUUGUGUAUUGGUCUUUUUCUUAUAUGUAUAUCUGUGUACCACUUAAGUGCCUGAUGCCUGUGGAGGCCAGAAGAGAGUAUCAUAUUCCAUGGAAUUGAAGUUACAUAUUGUUGUGAAGUUACCAUGUGGGUGUUUGGAGUUGAACUCAGGUCCUCCGGAAGAGCAGCAAGUGCUCUUAACCUCUGAGACAUCUCUCCAGUCCAUCAACAUUUCUAUUUCAGGAGUUCUAUGUCAGUAUGUCUCUGUUAAAACUGGAGGGUCUUGAAUUAUUAUUUAUUUAUAAUAUUUAACUUUUCAAGUUACAUAUUUUUCCCUUUCCAUAAAAUUUGAAUUUUUGUUUUGUUUUGUGAGAUUUUCUUUUGUUUUGUUUUUGUUGUUUUUCAGUAUGCAUAAGGGAGGCCAAAGGCCAACCUUAGGAUGUUUUUUUAGAAGCUGUCCAACUUGGUUUUUGACACAGGGUCUCUCAUAAUUGUGAACCUGGAGCUCACAAAUUAGACUAAGCUUGCUGUCCAGUGAGCCCUGGAUCACCAACUCUCUCAGCUCCCUUAGCAAUAGCAUUACAAUUGCCUUCCACUAUGUACAGCUUUUUUUUUAAUGUGGAAUGCUAGAAAUUGGAUUCAGGUCUUCAUGUUUGCAUAGCAAAAACUGAGCUGUCUUCAGCCCCUAAAAUUUGAUUUUUAAUCCUUUCUUAUUACAUUUUUAAUUUAUUAAGUUUGUAUUUUAACCAUUCUGAACAUGGGCACAAUGCAUUGAUCACUCUCUAGGCUUACCCUCACUUGUCUCCCCCAUCCAUUUCAUCUUCUCUUUACAGAUCCUUUUACCAUAUUCUGUGUUUAUGAUUUGUCUUAAAAUCUGAUGUGUUUAUAACCAGGAUCACCUGUGUGGCUGUGUUUGGAACUGUAUAUUAGAGCCUGGUUGGAUCACUGUAGUUACACAACUACAAUUACUACCACAAUCUAUCAAUGAACACUAAUUCAGUAAAGUGAAUAGGACCCUAUGCCCCUCCUUAAUCCAUGAUUGAUUGUUGACAGGUCCACUUUUGUGCAGAUACAAGAUAAGCAAGCACAGUUACAUUGAGUUCUUUUUGGAAUGGCUGCACCAUGGCACAUUCUAAUACUUCUUCAGAACUGUCUUCCAGCUCCUACAUUCUUUCCAUAACUUCCUGAGAAGGUGAUAUAAAUGUCUUGUUCAUGGCUAAGCAUUCAACUUUCACUCAUUCUCAGCUUCUUGAUCAGUCAUGUGUGUCUUUGCAUUCACUGCCUUUCACCACAGAGAGGCUUCUCUGAUUAAGGCUGAAAGUAACAUUAAUCUAUGUCUAUAAACAUGAAUAAUUAGAAGGCAGUUUGACACUGGGUCUAUUUAACUAAGCAACAUUAGUCAAUUAUUCUCAGGCAUGGAAUUUUUAUUUUUUACUAGAAUUUGUAAUAGCAAAGACAGAGUCUGUCCAGUGGACUCCAAUCAGAGAGCAGUUGGUUACUCCCAUAAGAGCCAUGCCACUAUUGCAUAAUUAGGCACAUCUUGCCUGGCAGACAGGUACUGUAGUUUGUAAAGUUUACAACUAAUUUGUAGAGUUUACAAUGAUUUGUGUCUUUUCUCCCCCAGGCAGCCUGCAUGGCAACUUCUAUAUGUAUGAAACUUAACCACAAGGGAGAAAUCUUCCAUCUCAGUUCCAGAUUAGUUUCUCUUUGCCUUUAUUUCUUUAAUGACUCAUUCCUCUUUCAAUGGGGUAUUGUUUAAUCUCCAUGACCUUGUGUCUUUUUAAAGCUUAUUUUUUCUGUUGACUUCAAGAUUUAUUCCAUUGUGGACAGAUAGGAUACAAAGAAUUAUUAAAAUUUUCCUCCAUUUGUUGAGAUUUACUUUGUGUCCCAAUAUAUGGUCUACUUUAGAGAAAUUUCCAUGAACUACUUAGAAGAAUGUGUACUCUGUAGUAUUUGGGUAAAAUAUUCUAGAGGUAUUCAUUGGAUACAUUCAAUUUCUGAUGUCAUUUAUUAUAAGAUUUCUCUUUUUAAAUCUAUCUGUAUGACCUAUCAAUUAGUGAGAAGUGCUAAUGUUAUUUAAUGCUGUAUUGAGAUUAAUAUGUAGCAUUCUACCUAGUAGUAUUUGUUUUAUGAAACUGAUUGCACUUGAUUUUGGUGCAUGUAUGUUUAAGAACGUAAUGUCCUCUUGGUGGAUUAUUCCUUUGAUCUGAAUGAAAUGACCUUCUUUAUCUCUACUGAUUAGUUUUUGUUUUACCUCUAUUUUAUAAGAUUCUAGCAUUGCAAUGCCUGUUUGUUUCCUUGUUCCAUUUGUUUUGGAAUACUUUUUCCCAUCCUUUUUAUCUAAAGUAGUGUCUAUACUUCAAGGUAAAAUAUGUAUCCUGUAGACAACAAAAAGGUGGCUCAUGUCUUUAAGUCCAACAGGUUAGCCUAUAUCUUUUGAUAGGGGAGUUAAGGCCAUUGAUAUUAAAAGUUAUUAUUGAAAGUUUUACAUUGAUCACUGUCAUUUUAUUGCUUUUGUGGUGUUAGUUUCCUUAGUCCUAAUUUACACACUUGUUAUUGUAGCAUUUUUAGUUUUCUUCCUGUAACCUCUUGGAUAUGGUUACCCUUCCCUUCAGUCUGAAGAAUCCCUUUCAGUAUUCUCUGCAGGGAUGUUUUGUAGAGUUGAAUUCCUUUGGCUGCCUUUUAAUUUCAGUAAGUUCUUUUUCCGUCAACAUGACAGAUAGUUUCGCCAAGUGUAACAGUCUAGUUGACUUAUGUGAUCUUAGGACUUAAAGGACAUUGCUAUAAGCUCUUCUGACUUGUAAAGUUUCCAUUGGAAAAAAAUAGCUGUUAUUAUGAUAGAUUUGCCCCUACA